AUGAGUUUAACAUAUAUCCGUUUAUUUAUAUCGAUUGUUAUUUUAAUACACGAAAUCGAUGCUCGACAUCGCUCCUACUAUGGGACUAAAGCUCCAUAUAAAGUACCUGUAUCAUCAUCACAUGUUCCUAAGGAGUUUGAAUUGGUAUGCAGCCAAAUGAUUGUUCGACAUGGUUGUCGAACUUUGAAAACUGUCGAUUUCGAUCGUUUAACAAUGAUGCUGUGGAACCAAGCGAAAAACGAAAAUGCACUGACAGACUAUGGUCGACAAUUUGGCGAAGAUAUUCAAGAUUUUAUGACCAUUACUGAUAGAAUAGGGCGUGAACAACUCUCAAAACUCGGUAAACGCGAACAGAAAAAUCUCGCCCAUCGUUUGAGCAAACGUUUUGAACACAUUUUACGCAAUUCUUCGAGAAAGAUUCGACUUGUUAGUAGUGGUUUGCCUCGAACGCAAACAAGUCUACACGCAUUUGCUACAGGAAUGCCAUUGGAUGCUGCAUCUCUAUUCAUUUAUGAAAAUCCAAAUCCCAAUUUACUUCUCUUUAAUCCGAGUUCUACAAAACGCCAUCAACGAUUCCAUAGCACACUGGAAUCGAUUCGAAUUCAACCAUUGUCUAAGCGAAUGGCGUAUAAAUUUCUCAGGCGUCUAUAUAAACCGUCGUUCAUUCGUCGGCUCGCUCAUGGUCAUUAUAACAUUGUCGAUCACGACCUGAAACAAUCGAUCGAGAACGAAAUCGAUGCUGCAAGUGCUCAUCAUGCUGUUCUAUUAAAUACUGCGAGUUUACGUGAAGACGGUGUUCGACCUUUGCUCGAAAAGUAUUUCUCUCCCGAUGAACAACAAUGGUUUACUUAUCUUUACGAUGCAAAAAAAUAUUAUCAAUCGGGUCCGAGCUUUUACAAUCAAACCAUAUCGUUCGAUAAUGCUCAAGUUUUACUUGAUGACUUUGUACUCCAUGCCGAAGAAUGUUCACGAACAACUGCGAAACAUUUUCUUCGUGCCCGAUUUGGACAUGCCGAAACCAUUAUUCCAUUUGCAGCUCUUCUCCAAAUUCCAAUCUUAAGCGACAAGCAAACAUUCAUCAACGAUACGUUCACCUAUGAAAAUAAUGCAUGGCGCGGAGAAAUUCUUUCUCCACUGUCAGCUAACAUUCAAUGGGAAAUCUAUCGAUAUGAAAAUAUUCUCGUUCGAAUGUUGUUAAACGAAUAUCCAGUUCCAUUUAAACGGCAAUGUCGACCGUACAGUGAAAGACAUCAUUUAUUCUAUUCAUUCGAUGAACUCAAACGAUGUUAUCGUAGACAAAAAUCCUGA